AUGGCCGCAGAAACUAGCGAAGAAGGCAACACUAAAUUAGAAGAAUGGAAGGCGGUUUUAGAAAGCCAAGGGUUGCGUAUAAGCCGUACAAAGACAGAUUAUUUGAGUUGUUAUUUUAGUGGCGAUGAGCAACAUGAUGGCCCAGACGUGACAAUUGGAGAAUAUGUAGUUGCAAGUACGACUAAGUUCAAGUAUAUACGGUUUGUUAUCCAAAGUGAUGGAGAGAUAGAUGAAGAUGUUACGCAACGUAUACAAGUGGGUUGGCUUAACUGGGGAUCGGCUACUGGAGUGUUAUGUGAUAAGAAGUUUCCGAUUAGACUGAAAGGUAAGAUCCAUGAACAAAAGAUGGAAGUGGCAGAGAUGAAAAUGUUGAGGGCUUCAACAUAUUUGGGGGGUAAAAUUGACUGCUUUGCUCUAGUCCUCCCUGUGAAGAGUAUACGGAUAUGGAUUGUCCGUCACCUUUCCUUACCUAGACCCUACUUUCAAGCGGGACAUUAG